AUUUUAGAACGUGAGGAAGUCACAAAAGAAAAUUUAUUUUUCCACCAAAAUAUUUAUUUAUUUAUUUAAAUUUCAUAUUAUUACGAUAUCAAAAGACAACAGUUAUAGGAAAUGCCGACCGUUAGUCAUCUUCCGACAGCACAUGCCAGACGAGAGACCAGGAAUGGAAUUAAAAUUGGAUGCUGUCGAGUGUGCACUUGUCUUCAUUUAGAGUUUCUCACAACAAAAUGUGGGCUUUUAAAAAUAUUUGAGUUAUUGCUAGGAAGUUGCUCUGAGACACUACUAAUACGGUUUGGAAUGCCUGCAGCAACAGAAAUGGGAGAAGCAUUUUAUAGUUUUCAUUCAACAGUUUCUGCAUGUCUUACCACGACAUUCAUUCUCCUCGUCUCAUAUAUCUUUAGUGCUAGAACUUAUGGACUGAUUAGACAAUCGAUAUUUGAAGUUCUAUUUAAUGCAGUUGCAUGUUGUUUGUAUAUCAGUGCUAGCUUAAUUACAUUAUUUUUUUCUAGCUCAUAUGUUGCUUUUGCGACGAACGUUUUUCUAUAUCCACGAUUUGUUUCCUCUUCUGCCGAUACUGCAUAUCCGGCGAUGAUUUGUGUAUAUUACUUAGGGUUCAUUAUCUCCAUAGUAUACGGUCUCGACGCCUUUACAUCUUACAAAUCUUACAAGGGAUAUGCAUGAUGAUGAUGAUAACUUCAGAAUGAGAUGAAAUAAAAGAUAACUGAAGACUUGAGUGCUUGUGAGAAUAUUCUGUGAGAAAUAAAUAUUAAUGCAAUUAAAAAGUCUAGUCUGAAAUUUUUUUAUUGACAAUAAAGACUUCGAUUUAAUUGGUGCCAAUGCAAAAUUAUCAUUUUUUUUUUUCAUUAUAAAAGAAAUAUUAAAUGAGAACGAAGGCGUUCUUGGCUAGUUAAAUGUUAAAAUAAAAUCAAAAUCUAUUAUAAUGCAAUAAUAAAUAGCCAUUAGAGGUGUUAAGAGUAACAAAUCGUUGAAGAAAUUAAUUUGAUAUUUAGUGAAAUACAUACAUCUAAUUCCCAUUAACGACUGAUUGGAGAAUAAAUAAAUAUCUAUAGAAAAAUAUAAUUUUUUAUGUAACAUGCUUUCAGCAACAGCAGCUGAUUAAAGAAUCAAACAAAAAUGUUUCAAUUACGAAUGUAAUUGUAAUAAAAAAUACAGAGAAAAACAACCGAUUGAGUAGAUCCAUAACUUCAAUUUUCAUUAUAUUGAGAAACGCAUGUUCAAUACAACAUACAUUAUUGUCUACAGAUUUACACAUUGGAACAUUAAGCCACCUAAGAAGUGGCUAGAAACGGUGUUAAUAUAUUCACACGUCAGGAACAAGUUGGAUCAAGAAUUUAACUGACAACAUAAAUUUGAAUUUUAUGAAAUUGUUUUAAAAAAUUGAAAAACUUAAAUAAAAUUUUAACGGUAAUUUGGUUGACGAAAUAAAAUGACAAUGCGAAUAUGACAAAAAUAC